UGCUGCUCAGGCCCCAGAAUCCAGCUCCCAACUGCUCCUCAUUCUCCAGAAGCUGACCGCUCAGGUCCAAACAGGAUGAAGCUGUCCCUGGUGGUUGUCCUGGCCGCUAUAGCCCUUUGCUGCUACCAGGCUGAUGCAGGAACUGUCUGUCCAGCACUCUCUCAAGAUCUAGUUAAUUUCUUCUCGGCUCCAGACUUUUUGUACCGCAGAGAGCUUCUGGCAUUUGACUUACCAAAGCAGGCUGUGGAGGAUAGGAUAGAAUUAAAGCAAUGUGCGAAUCACAUGAGUGUGAAAGACAGACUGCUAAUUAACAGACUAUUGCUCAAAAUAUUUGCCAAGUGCAAUGAAUAGAAUGGAAACUUCUUCUACACCAUCAUCCAGGGUUUGCAAUAAUUAAGUGAUAUUUCUAGAAAAUGAACACACAAGUUUCAAUAUUUGUUCUAAUAAAUUACUUGC